CAUAGAGCCGAGAAGACGUAGGGAGGCGUAUAGAUUGGAAUUUAUACCUUUAGAUGUCAUUGUCUGUAUGGACUACGACUUCAAGAUGUCUUCGAGUUCCAGCCUUGCGGGUAAAGUGAUACUCCUUACUGGUGCAGCAAGCGGGAUUGGAGGGGGCACAGCUAUAAAACUCCAUAAACUUGGAGCCGUACUUGCUAUCACAGACAUCAAUGAAGCCGGCAUCACCCAGACCCUUGAACUCUGUGGCGGCGGCGGCAACGAUUCAAAGCAUCACACCAGCCUGGUUCUUGAUGUAUCGAACGCAGCUGAUGUAGCACAGCGCGUAGCAGAGAUCGUGACUAAGUAUGGGCACAUUGAUCACGUAUUCAACUGUGCCGGAGUUAAUCCCACAUCCAUGCCCCUGACAGAGACGAGCGAGGAAUAUUUCGACAAGCUCGUUGGCGUGAACUUGAAGGGGAUGUACAAUGUAACAAAAGCCACCAUACCACAUAUGACGACGCCGGGCGGCAGCUAUGUUAACGUCAGCUCCAUAUCCGGGUGGAAUCCUUGCAAGGGAACUGCCAUCUACUGCGCUACCAAGUUUGGCGUCAUCGGGUUUAGCAAAUGUAUGGCCCUCGAACUAGGUCCCAAGAAUAUACGCGUGAACGUUAUCACGCCCGGUUACAUUGAUACCCCUACCAAUGCUGGAAUCGUCAAGGGCACGCCUGAAGCGAGAAAGGGGAUGGAGCAGGGCAACGCACUAGGUAGAAUGGGCACGCCAGACGAUAUUGCGGGUGUCGUGGCUUUCCUGAUGAGCGACGAAGCCAGGUAUAUGAAUGGUAGUGUAGUCGGGGUCGAUGGAAUGCUGAAUACAUGAAACUGUCGAUUUAGACACAUCGGAGCGCAGUGCUAUAAUACCCCUUGGUUCGAAUUCUUAUUUACGUGGCCACAAGCUACAUAGAUAAUAUUAUACCUUCAGACACCUAAGGCAACAGUGUACGUCGAAAAGGCAUCAUCAGAA